AGUCUAUUGUACACCUCGUCACUUCUGCCCGUAACAAUGCUCCUUUGUCCGGUAAGCGUAGUCCUUAUGAGUGGAUGUAUGAUAGCGGUGCUUCACAUCAUAUGACGGGCUACUUGAAAUUUUUUUUUCUGAUAUUCGGGAUAUUCCGUCCCAGUCU